AUGUUAAUGGCCAAGCCAACCAAGAAGGAAGACAUUGUUGGCAGGUAUGGUACCAGAUUUGGUGCCUCACUUAGAAAGAUUGUCAAGCAAAUAGAGAAAGCCACGAGAAUGGCUGUUGGCAUUUGGAAAUGCAACAGAUGUUUUAAAACUGUUGCACCACAAGUACGAAGUGCUAUUCGUCGUCUCAGAGAAAUAAAGGAGAUUUCCUGA